ACUCACAGGCUGUAAAUGGCUGUGGGUACACUGUAAAUAGUUUUAACCAUACUGGCCUGCUGGUCUUGACCAGACUUGUUUUGGAAAUCAAGUUCAUCUAUUUGAUUUUGUUAAAGAAGUAGUACAAAAUCAAGAAAAACAGUACAGCCAUCUUCUUUAACUUGCCUCUGAACAGAACUCAUUUUAUACAAUGCAGACAUCUAUCAAGGAGGCCCAAGCCCGACAGCUUGAAUUAAAACGUGAAUUCGAUAAACUGGAAAAUGUAUUUCUCACCUCCACUUCCACUACCACGUCUUCUCCUUCAUCACCUUCCACAUCAUCACCUUCCAUAUCAUCGUCUUCUCUAUAUCAAAUGGGUAUGGAGUUUGUUUUGGAGUUCAAGAAAGCAAGAAUUAAACAAGGAAAGGAGCGUAUGGACUGGAAAUUAUGUAUGAAAGAAGGACACAAAAGCGGUUUACUUUCAAAUUAUAAAAAUAUUGACACUUUAAAAAAUCAAUUCAUGAAAUUUGAAAAAUCACAAAAAAAAAAGAAAUAAACGCC